AUGUUCCAUGCUCAUGGCCUCUCGAAGCAGAACUGUACCCUCCUUGCAGUGCUAUGCGGGAAGAUGGCUGACGAGCCAAGGGACGGCGUCAAGCGGAGGUCAACGUAUCCCUUCCCCGAGCUCACCUCAGCUGGGCGCCUAGAGGUGACUAUGAAAUUUUUGUCUGAUACAAAUUUCCAGCUACCCAUCGAGGAGGCUAAUUGAGUGAAGCUGCCCUCUGAUUCUUUGAGAUUUGCAAUGCCGGGAAUAUGGGUUUUGUUGUUCUGGAUCUUCCCUUUCGGAUAACCUAAUCGGAUCCCAUUGAUGAGUUUCAUCGCCUUGUCAAUGCAGGUUCACACGAUCACCAAUCCUACAGUCGACAGAUUCCGGGAAGUUCUCAAGUCGACGGACCCAAACAUCAUCUACUUUCAGGGGGAGCGCCUUGAAAACGAGGAGGAGAUCGGCUCCCUCGUUUGGGAUGGCAACAACAUGUGGGACCCAUCGGCACUUUGCCCUCUAAUCACUCCUCCAUUUGCCACCAUUGUAAGUCAUUGACAUUUUAAGUCGAUUUCAUAUUUAUAUAUAUAUAUAGAUAUAUAUAUAUAUACACUUCAAAUUCUUAUCUAUUGGGUUGUGUUCUCUUUAGCAUGUAUUUGGGUCUAGCUGAAGAAGUUAUUUCUGCAGCUAUUUUUUUUACACCAGUAGAUAGCUGAGCUUGCUGCAUAAAGUUUGCUUCAAUCUUGCAUCUUUUGCUGUUACUCUUUGAUUAAUUUAUCACUACGAAGUCCCAUAUGUUUGUGAGGGACUUCAUGCCUUCGCUCUCUGUAUCCUAUAUGCGUCAUAUGAAGUCAUACUUAUUACUUAAUUUAGUUUUUAAAUUAGCGCCACUUGACGUUAUUGUCGUGAUUAGGGCCCAGCUUUUAUCUUUCAUAUAUUGGUUUUAUUUUAAAACCUAUUUUUAAAAAUAAAAUAGGCAAUAUUCAAUACUAAUAGGAUUUUUAAACUUUUAUGUGCUAGUAUUUAGAGCAUUGCAUCUCUGUGAACAAGCAAUCGUCUAAGAGAAAGAUACACCUGAAAAGUGUGGGGCAUUUGAGAAAUAUACACUUCUGUCGCUAUGCUCUGUUAUUCUCGGUUUAUUUUAUAACGUCUAAUUUAAUAUCAUCCUGUGUUGUGUAUGAUUUUUUCGUCAGGAUAUUUUUGCAUCUUUGGUUAAUAUUUAUUAUAAUAUUCUGUUCCUGUUUACUCACUAUAAAAAUCGAUGUUUAGGUUUAUUUGGAGGUUCCCAAUGGUGAAAAAGUUGCAGAGGCUCUUCACUCAAAGGUAGUACACAUAUUACUGAUUACUGAAGAUGAUUAUAACUGGUUGUAAAGAAUGAAUUCCUGGAAGUAGAAAAGUUGAUACAUUCACCGGUAUAUGUUUUAGGGAUUCAUUGUGCCCUUGUUAAAGAACAAUAUCCCGUCCAUUUUUUUAUGUUUUUAAACGUUUGGUAAGUAAAUUUCUUCGUAUUUAAUGCUAGAGAGAUUCUGAAGGGUUGAAAGCAAUGACUAUCAUUUUAGUUCCCAAAGACUACGAAUGCCACUAGGAAUGGGGGCAACUAAUUUCUGGUUCUGUUUAUUAUGAAAUAAAAUGUAACAUUAUUAAUUGUAACGAAAUCAGGUUUUGGUUGUGUAGGAAGUCCAAAAAAUUUGUGGGUGUAUAAAAUAUAUACUUGUGUCCUUUUCCCUCUACCUGCAAAUGGGUUCACUGAUUUCAUAGAACCAAUUACCCAUGGUGGAUCUUCAUCCUUGUCUUCUAAUUACCUGUAAUACCCUUGCCCUUGUGUUCUAUAUUUGAGUAUUUUCUAGAUAAAAAUUUAUCUUAAAGCAUCAACGAUGUGCUGAGAUUAAGUUUAAAAUAUUUAAUUUCAAGGAACAUUUUAUUUUAGUAUAUUGAAGGGUACAACACUUUGAAAUCAGGUAUUUAAAGUAGAAAAAAGUUGACAUCUAAUAUUUUCAUUUGUAUUGAAAGUUCUUUUUUAUUUUUCAGGGGAUCCCUUACGUGAUUUUUUGGAAGAAUACUUUCUCAUCCUAUGCCGCAUCACACUUUCGCCAUGCGCUCUUCUCAGUUGUGCAGAGGUACAGAUCUUAGUCUUUUGGACACUACGACUCGCGAAUGAAACCAUGACCCUGAUUGCAUGCCUUUCUAUGGAUGCAGUUCAUGCAGCCAUACUUGGGACGCGUUUCAGCUUGCGCAUGCGACCUUUAGGCUCUACUGCACAAGGAACAACCAUGUUACAGGAGCUGGAAGCCAAAACGUUGGUGGUAAGGUUGAGCCCUGCUUGCUCGGGGAUGUGCCAAAGAUCCACAUCGCGCCUCCAGAGAGGUAUCAAGGUGAAGAAGAAGGUUCAUCUGACACUCUUCCCAUCAUCAAAGUGUACGAUGAUGAUGUCGACGUGGGUUUUCUCAUCUGUGGAGUCCCAUGCACACUGGUCAGUGCUCAUAUUUAUAUAUCUAUAUGUUUUCAUGUCUUUUGGGAUCCCUUUUGCCUGUUUGUGAGUCUAAAUGCCUCUUGUUACUGUGUUCAAGGAUGCGUGUGUAUUGGGUUCUUUGGAGGAUGGCCUCAAUGCCCUUUUGAACAUAGAGGUGAGCAUGAUGUGAGAUGGAUGAAUGUGGUUCUAUUCCUUUACUAAAUUCUGUCAUCCUCCGUGAUUUCUGUGGCAAGCCUUUUUUUUUUCCGUGCCCACUGCGUUAAGAAGACUAUCCCCAGUCCACUGAACCGUCUGUUCUUCCAGAAAUGAAACCCUGUGAAAGUGUUUUGAACGUCUUAGCAAUGGCCUUCGGAGAGGACAAUCUGGGUGCCACCUAUUUUUGGUAUUCAAUUCCGAUUUUUGGCUAAUUUUGCCUGACAGAUUCUCCCUCGAGAGUGUGGAUUGAGGGAAGGGUGGAGUUGGUGUAUCUACUUCCUAAGAUCCGGGCAUAUGCCGUUUUUUUUGUCUUCAAUGAUUGAACUUUCGCUGUUUUUUCUUUCCUAUAAUGCAUUCAAGGUUUUUUUUCUUUUUUUUUGGGGGGGGGGGGGUGGGGGUUUGCUCUUUCAACUGUGUUCCCGUCAAAGCUUCGAGCCCUGUUCAUCCUUCUUUUAUGAAAGUACUCUUCAGCAUUUGCUUAUUCUCUCGAUUCUCUUUUCAGAUCCGUGGAAGCAAGCUCCAAAAUCGAGUCAGGUAUAUUUUGACAUCACGCUUAUGUUUUUUUCAUGAUGCAGUUUGAAUCGGUCAUUCCCUGCUUCUAUCUUCCUUUCGAAUAAAUAAAUAUGAGAUUUUUACUGCCCAUAUGACCCAACUUUAAGAUAUAUGCAUUGCGUUUUCUAUUUUUUUUUCAAUUGUCCCAUGAAAAAAAUAAAUUCCUUCCUCAUUUGAGUGACUGAAGCAUGGAGCCCAUGUCUCUAUGGAAAGAUACAUGCUUAACUGGGUAAUAAUGAAUCCAAUUUGAAGGGGCAGUGGUAGUCAAAUAAUAUGUAUUUAUUAUGAUUGCUCCUUCCCCACAAUCUAUUUAAAGAUUGACUUUUAUUUUACAAUUAUGGAUUUUUCUUCUGCAAAAAAUUGCGAAAGAGAAAACUAACGGGCCAUCAUUGGAUGAUUUGACAGCGCUGCGCCUCCGCCUCUGCAAGCUGGAACAUUUGCUAGAGGGGUGGUGACAAUGAGAUGCGACUUGACCACCUGCAGCUCGUCUCACAUCUCCCUCUUGGUCUCGGGCAGUGCAGAGGCUUGCUUUGAUGACCAGGUAAGUGCUCGAGGUUCGACUUUCUCGGGCCUCUGCCUGGGUGGGCAAGUUGUGCUGACGGUCAAGUUUUGUCAACAUUGCAGCUUUUGGAGUCCCACAUAAAGAAUGAGCUCAUUGAGAAGAGCCCGCCAGUCCAUGCCCUUCCGACCUGUGAGGGGAGCCAGUCGAGCUCAUCUGACCCGAGGAAGUCUUCUUCAAUAGCUUGUGGAUCGUCAGCUUUUGAAGUCCGCAUGAAGAUUCCUUCUUGGGCUGCCCAGGUGGCCUUCUCGUCUUUAGUAUUCAAGGGAAAAUGGCUGCUUUUCAUUCUGUUUCUGGUAACUGUUGACGAAAUAUUUAGAUACUCGCAUAUGAAACCUUGUAGAAAUUCGUCUUCAGGGUCAUCAUUGUAAUCCACGUGCCUGGAAUUUAUCAUCGAUGCAUUAAAAUCUCAUCUAUACUCGAUAAUAUGACGUUUUUUAUCUUGUUCCCCCACGACCCCUUGAAGAAUGUAUACAUGAUGAAGAGUCUCACGUUGAUGCCUUUUAAAGAAAAAUAGCAAAAAUAUUCUGGGUCAUAGAAGAUCAUGCAUCUGUUUGCUCUAAUUGUGAUUUUGAGCAUCUAACUUACAUGCUAGUAGAAGAUUAAGAACUUGGAAUGGGUUUAUGUGAUUUCAUUUAGUCUAUGGAUACUAAUUUUAGCAUGGGUUUCUCUAGGUGUUGAAGCAGCUGGCGCCCCAACUUUCUUAUCGAAGUUUGGUGGCACUUGGCAUCGCUAGCAUCCAAGGAUCUUCAGUGGCUUCAUUUGAGAGAGAAGAUGCGGAGCGGCUUCUUUUCUUCUGUGCCAGACCGGCGAAGGAGCUGCCUAUCCAGGUUGACAAUGCUUCUUCUGGCCUGCCGGCCUGGUUUAAACCGCCGGCACCCACCCGGAAGAGACCCAGGUCAACCCAAGGGGUGAAAUUUCCCACUUCCGGCAAUAGGGUUGAUGCGAAUGGAGGGGUUGACUUUAAACUUGCGGAAGAUGGCAGCAGGGGGAGGGCUCUCCUUGGAGGAGGGUCCAGGAUGAUGCCCUUGAUGAGGGUCAGACAUAGACCGAAAGUGCCUGCCAUGAGGCCCAUCCCCUACGCUCGGCGGCAGAAGGCCCUGCCCUUGUCGGUGCCGCCAAUGGCCGACACCGGUGAUAGAAGCCAGGCGAAGAGCAGCUUGCACGCUGUUCCCAUUGCAAAGCAUAGCCUCAUGCCUCCUGCGAUUUCUCACCGGAGAUCCCUGUCAAGCUCCUUCCAUGCCCAGCAGAUAAUCUCUCUGAAUCCGCUUCCUCUGAAGAAGCAUGGAUGUGGUCGAGCUCCUAUCCAUGCGUGCUCCGAAGUAAGCUACACCAGCCAGUCGACUUGUGUUUCAGUCAGAAUGGUCUGCAUGAUCCUUCGUCUUCUUCCCUCCGAUCUUCCUUUUAACUUCCUAGUGAUGGGUUUUUCUGGCAGGAAGAAUUCUUGAUGGAUGUGAUGCAGUUCCUCCUCCUUAGGGGCCACAAUCGGCUCGUCCCCCAGGGUGGGAUAUCGGAAUUUCCUGAUGCUAUUCUCAAUGCAAAGCGCCUGGACCUGUAUAAUUUGUACAGAGAGGUCAGGCCCGUUUACCCUUCCUUUUUUUUACCUUCGAUGCUGAGAAAGUCAACUCAUGGCCCAUUCUUCUCAGGUCGUUUCAAGGGGCGGCUUUCACGUUGGGAAUGGCAUUAAUUGGAAGGGGCAGGUGUUUUCUAAGAUGCGGAACCAUACGAUGACCAACAAAAUGACCGUAUGUUCUUCAUCUACACACCCCCAUAUAUUAACUCUCUCUCUCUGUCUUUCUCUCUGUGUGGUAGAAUUCAGCAGCAAGUCUUCAGUUUUACCCAAUUGGGCAAUCAUUAUAAGUAAUGAUCUGUGUCACUGAUUAGCAAUGAGGGAUUGAACUGGAGCUUCGUCCCGCCAUUAAUGCGGCUUCUCCCUUUUUGCUUCAGGGCGUCGGCAACACGCUGAAGAGGCACUAUGAGACCUAUCUCUUGGAGUACGAGUUAGCCCAUGAUGACGUCGACGGUGAAUGCUGCCUUCUGUGCCACAGGUUCCUUUCUCUUCUUGUUAAAGUUCUAUAUUUGGCGGCGCUCUGGAGAUCGCCCCCCCCCCCUUACGGUGGACUUUCCCUUUUAACCUUCCGCAGUAGCGAGGCCGGCGACUGGGUCAACUGCGGGCUUUGUGGCGAGUGGGCCCACUUCGGCUGUGACAAGAGGCAGGGCCUUGGCGCCUUCAAGGUACCCCCCCACACCCCCAUUCAUCCGCCGCCAUGUCUCUUCUCCCUCUUCCUUUGCCACUGGAGCAAAGUUAACGCCCGUCUCCUUUCUUUGGCAGGACUACGCCAAGAUGGACGGGCUGGAGUACAUCUGCCCCCACUGCAGCUUGGCGAACCACAAGAGGAAAUCCCUGAAGAUGGCCAAUGGGUUUUCUCAGGAAUCCGCCGUGCCGCAGCAUCUUUAA